AUGUUAAUGAGAAAAUAUAGUUCAAGUGCACCCAAAUGGAGAUAUUAUGAUCAAGGCUUAAAUGUUGAAGCCUAUGGUCAUAGCAUGGUCAUUAAACCAUUGGGUUUUCGUGUUUUCAAAUUUGAUAUCGACUCAGAACUUUGUAAAUGUCCACUCUGUGGAUACAAUUUUAACGAAUUAACCUGCGGUUUUUGGGAUGCUAUUUUUAGAUAUAGUGGCUACAUUAGUGGAAAUCCAAUUUCAUUGAUAACGAUAAUGGUUCAACUCGAAAACAAAUAA